UAGAGUUGGAGAUAUUACAGAUAGCAAUCAGAUCACACACCUAGACAGACCAAAGCCUCGCGAACCCAGCAACCUUAAACCCCUCUUCUGUCUUGAAACCGCACUACUUCAUCAUGGACGUCGAUCCUAAUAACUACAAUCAACUUGAUAUCAAUGAGAACGACACUCAUAGUGUGGUCCUAUCAUAUCUCGUGCACAACUGUUAUAUAGAAACGAUGGAGUCAUUCGUUGCUUCUACGGGGAUGAAGCAACCUGCCGAUUGUAUUGAUGAUAUGGAGAAAAGAAAAAGGAUUUACCAUUGUGCCGUUGAGGGGAAUGCUCUAAAGGCGAUUGACCUGACAGAACAGCUAGCGAAUGACUUACUGGAGAAAAAUAAAGACUUGCAUUUUGAUCUUCUGAGCCUUCACUUUGUCGAACUCGUUUGCUCUAGAAAAUGCACAGAGGCUUUGGAAUUUGCUCAGACCAAUAUGACCCCAUUUGGGAAGGUGGAAAUUGAAAAACUCCAAGACUUCUUGACUCUGCUUGCUUACGAAGAGCCAGAGAAAUCCCCAAUGUUUCAUUUUCUUAGCAAGGAGUACCGACAGGAAGUUGCAGAUAGUUUGAAUCGAGCAAUUCUAGCACAUUCAAACCUUCCCAGUUAUACAGCAAUGGAAAGGCUAAUACAACAGACAACAGCAGUUCGGCAGUUUAUGAAUGAAGACAAUGCCAAGAAUGUAUCCCAACCAUUUUCACUGAAGGACUUUCUUAGCAGCUAAAUCAAGGAACACUUCAAGUCCAAUUGUUCAGGAAGUUUACUUCAAAUCUUGUUGCCACAAGUUGAGUCUGGGUCACUGAUUGUUUCUUGUAUAGAAAGUAGUGACCAAUGCUGCAUGGAUUUUCAUAUUAGCUUCCAUAUAGAAAAUCUGAAGCUGGGUAAAAGGUUUGUGCCAAUGGGUUUGUAAGUUUGUUUAUGUGGGGAAUGUUGGUGGAUUGAAUGCAAGGUUCGCAUCUGGUGUUUCCCUUAGGACCUUUUUCUUAUUCUCGGAGUUGCAAACUUUUGUAAUCUAUUCAGAAAUGU